AAGCUUACCUUAUGCCAAGACAAUUAUAUUGCAUUCAUUGAUUGCAUAAACUUAGCAUGGGGUAAUAAUCGCGUGCAAAGCGGGGAGCGGUCUUACGUAAUAAAGCCUCUUAUCUCACUAAAUAUUUCCUUUUAGGACUCGUCAAACCUGAAGCUUUGGACUUGAGACUAGCUUCAUUGUUACGCCUACAUUUGAUCUAUUAUAUUAUAUCGAGCGGGAAUAUGACCUCGAGCGUCCCGAUGGAUCAGCAAAGGAUUUCAGUGCUUUUUGUUUGCCUUGGCAACAUAUGUAGAUCCACCAUGGCUGAGGGAGUCUUUCGAUCUAUCGUGAAGGAUCGGUCAUCUCCCUACUACAAUCUCGUAGAUAGAGUGGAUUCUUGCGGGACAGGUGGAUACCAUACUGGCGACGAACCCGACUCUAGAACGAUGUCAACCCUCGAAAGCCACGGCAUUACGAACUACACGCACGCAGCGCGUAAGCUCCGUGAUAGUGACUUUCGAGAAUUUGACUAUAUAUUUGCAAUGGAUAAAGCGAACCUAGAAGAUCUCAAUCGAUGGAGGGGUAGAAGCAAAAAUUCUUCUACCUCUAAGGCGCAGGUAAUGCUAUUUGGCGAGUUCUCCGGCACGGGCCGUAAGGAAGUAGUGCGAGAUCCUUACUACGUCGGUCAGGAUGCCUUUGAAAAAGCAUAUGAACAGUGCAAGAGAUUCUCGACAAACUUUCUAGAGCAAACAUUUCCCGAUGCCGGUAAGACGACGGCAUGAGUCUGAUAAUACCCAAUAUUUGUUUUCCUGUCUAGAUCAUAGGCGGGCCAAUAGACGUUAUGAGCAUACGACGGAGUCUGUGGAUAAUGACAGGAUCUAUAGAGACGAGUAACGAUAGAUCAUGUCUGGUAGUCCUCUUCCGUAGGUAGUUCUAUUACAAUAUCAGCUGGGCAAAUAUAGAUCAAGCUCCUGAGUACCUGGGCUGGUAGGGUAAUAGAAACAGAGAGUUGCUGUCGUCUUACAAGCUGCAACCUGCAAGCUGCAACCUUGAGAUUGAGGCCCUGAUCGGCUCGAAUUUUAAGCUAUGCUUACAGAGAAAAUAAAUACACGUCGGUCCCACAUAUAUUGUAUGGGGCUGCGAUGUACCAAUCUUCCCUACUUCCAUUUGAUCUAUGAUUAUGUAAUAAAGC